GAGACACACGUGGGUUCCGUGGCAGUGAAGCUACAGCAGCAGCAUGGCCAGUUUGAGUUACGAAGGUUGUAAUUUCUUGAGACAGAGGCUGGUAUUGUCCACGCUCAGUGGGAAAAGGGUGAAAAUACGGAACAUACGAGCCAGGGAUGACAACCCGGGGCUUCGAGAUUUUGAAGCAAGUUUUAUCAGGCUUCUGGAUAAAGUGACCAACGGCACCAGAAUCGAAAUCAACCAGACGGGAACGGUGUUGUUUUACCAGCCUGGGCUGCUGUAUGGCGGCUCUGUGGAGCACGAGUGUAACGUUCAGCGCUCGAUAGGUUAUUACCUGGAGGCGCUCAUCAUGCUGGCACCAUUCAUGAAGAAUUCCCUCAAAGCCGUCUUGAAGGGCGUCACAAACGAGCCAACGGACCCUUCGGUGGACUUGCUGAAAGCCACUGCUGUUCCUCUGAUGAAGAAGUUUGGUAUUGAUGGAGAGGGUCUGGAAAUAAAGGUGGUCAGGAGAGGCAUGGCGCCUGGAGGAGGAGGUGAAGUACAUUUUUCCUGUCCCGUACGACGGACCAUCAGACCUGUGCAGCUCACCGAUCCGGGCAAAAUCAAAAGAAUUAGAGGAACAGCAUACUCGGUGCGUGUGUCUCCUCAGAUGGCCAACAGGAUCGUCGAUUCAGCCCGCAGCAUUCUAAACAAAUUUAUUCCAGAUAUUUACAUCUACACCGACCACAUGAAAGGGGCCAGUUCGGGGAAGUCUCCGGGUUUUGGCUUGACUCUGGUGGCAGAAACGGUAAACGGAACUUUUUUGAGCGCAGAGAUGACAUCUACGCCACAGGGAGGAGAGCCGGUUCUUCCAGAGGAACUGGGCAAGAACUGUGCCAAACUUCUGCUGGAAGAGGUGUACAGGGGUGGCUGCGUGGAUUCAACCAAUCAGAGCUUGGCGCUCUUGUACAUGACACUUGGCCAGCAAGAUGUGUCCAAAACUCUUCUAGGUCCCCUUUCUCCAUACACGAUCGAGUUUCUUCGGCACAUCCGGGACUUCUUUCAGAUCAUGUUCAAGAUCGAACAACAGAAAGAAGAUGAAGACGAGCAGAAAGGAGGAGAGAAAGUGCUGCUGACUUGUGUAGGGGCCGGUUACACGAACAUCAGCAAGACGCUUAAAUAGACACUCCAUUCCCACCAGAACUGUCUCAAACUGCAUACUUCUUACCUAUCUUUAAUUUAAGUACUUUGUUCACACUCUGGUAGAACAACAACAUGUACUGUUAACGCAGAACGUUGUACUGUACAUGAACUGCUGUUGGAGAUGACGUACAAAGUGAGUUCGAACAUUUAAUGCGAGCCAUUCGGGACCAUUAUUUGAUAUCUUGCUGUCUUACAAGAAGACCGUGUACAAAGAUUGUUUGUGAUUUGAGACAUAGUGUCUUAUUUAGGUUUAUUAUAUAUUUUUUUGCUUGUUUUCUUUUGUUAAAAAUGUACAGUCUCUGAAAGUCAUUUUAUAAAACAAAAAAAAAAACCAAGUCUGUCUAUCUUGUGUGUGCAUUCAAAUGUCUCAACACUCACUACACUCAGAGUGGGAUAACUGGGAGAAGACAACUGCCAAUAAAAAAGCCAAUAAAAAAUAAUUUCUAAGAUUUAGGUCUAGAUAUAAAUAUGUGGAACUAUAUGUACAUACUGUAUAUGCGAGUGGCAGACCACUCAAUUCUUAAGUAAACAAAAGUAUUGGAACAGAUAUUUAAAGUGUAACAUUGUUUCGUUGCAUAUCGUUUAUAUCAUUAACAAUAACUGCAUCAACCCGGUUACUGACUGACAUUAAACAGUUUACCAAAACUUC